AAAAGCUUCCGGACGGGCGAGGGGCAAACCCCCUGCCCCGCCCACUCGCCCAGCACGUGACGCAGGCGGAUUUCCACCCUCAACGGCCCGGUCGGAAGCUCCUUCCCAGCCACGUGACAUCAGGGGCGGGGCCACGCCUUCAACCCCUCUCCCCUCACGGCGGGGCUCACGGAGAGAAGGUAACGUCGGCCUCUGGUCACAGUAUCGUCGCUUGCAGCGCUCUGGUACUGACAAUAAGGAAGGGAGGAGAAAGAAGAGAGAGAGUGUGUUUCAGUCCUUUUUUUUUUAUGGACGUUCUUCAAGGACGCCUUCAGUUGCGGGUACAGUUCCUCACAAAUACGUGCUUAGGUGACUUAUGAAACCAAGGAUUAGUUCAUUUAUAUGCCUGUUGCUUUGAGGCUAAAGGCCCAUUAUCCACAUGGGGCCAAGGAAGAGCUGCGAGCCAGAAACUCAUUUCACCCCGUGGCCUAUCGUUGAAAUAUAGGAUAAGAAGGAGAAUCACAGCAUGAAGAGAGCGAGAAGGAAAGUCUUGACAGACUGUGUCUGGUUAUACACGCCAUGCUAUAAGAGGAUAUAUUCAAGAUCUCUGUUGUGUCUUUUCUUCCAAAACGAUCUGCUCUUGAGAGCAGUUGACCACAAUGCUACCAGAUGCUGGGACGUAUCAUUUUCCUUGGGAAAUAAACUCUGCAUCAGUCCCAGAAGGGAAAAGCCUAAGGACAUUUGGCAGGCUAUACUCCUAUGAUGUAGUCAGCUCCCAAGCCACCUUAACAGUCCAGCACACUUCGGUUCAGCACUGCAUCCGGGUUUGUACCAAAUUUGUGGAACCAUUCCAAGCCCAGCUUGGGGCUCUGUAUAUUGUACUGGGAGAAACUGAAUGUAAGGAUGGUAAGGAGAUGGUGCUAAAGGCUCGCGUGUUUACAUGUGUGGAAGGAAUUAACCUUCAGUUGUUGGAGAAGGCCAUAAAGGAACAGAGAAAAUAUUUCCUGUUGAGAGAGAAGCAUGUGGAAGAGAGCACCUCCUAGCACUCUAUGCUUAGGGGCUUGGUACUGUAUAGAAUUCUUGCUGUGCUGGAUAGGGCCAGCUUAUUGUUUUCCUUAACUCCUGUGUUCACUGUAUACUAUACCAUUUUGUAAUCCUGUCUUAAAAUUCUAAUGCCCAUUUUUGCCUUGAGAUGAACCCCUCCCCCCAGUGCAUUUUAUUUUUUAAAGUGUAGAGGAAUAAAUUUGCAACCAGUGUUCUGGAAGUGCUUCCUAUAUUACACUAGGAUGUGUGGAAGUCACCACCAUGUAUAGAAAGCCAUUUAAACAAUGUGAAACGCAAGGAGUUUAUACAAAUCCCUAAUUCAGAAGUCAACACACGUUAUGAAAUCACAGAAUCUUGACGUACAUACUGGUUUGGAAGCAAUUACUAUGUACACCAUAUUUUAAAAUAAUGAAAACAGCUAGUAAGUCCCUUGGAACUGUUUUUUAAAUAUUCUUUUUUUAAUAUAUGUAAUAAAAGUUGACAGUGUUGAAAUACC